AAAUGUGCGUGCGCGCUUUACCUGUGACUUCAGCUCAGCACAAUAGGAGGAUCGCAGGGAAACUCUUGUAGGACUGAAACAUGGGCUGUUCUGCUCUCGUGCGAGGAUCACUCUCACUCAUAUAGGACUAAAGGAUCUCCUCCAGCGCUCAUACAGCACAUCCAUGACGAGACGCGAUGCUCUGGACACCUCCGAACCUCCUGCAGACCAUCUCAUCCAACUUCAGCACACGCACUGAUACUGUGCCAUCCUCACAUGUGACAGCUCGGCAUGUUUGGACGGGACGUCUUUCUUAAACAUUGUUUCGCGAGUUGAACAGAAGACGGGAGCGCAUUCGUUGUGAAUGAAGAACAUUAUCGAUUAGCGAUCGAUCGGCGGAUCGCGUCAAUGAGCCAAACCUGACGAUUCGCUUUUACCUUCGGAAACGUAGGCUACUUUAGAAACAGAAGAAAGCCUUUUUGUGUUCGUGUAUCUAGAACUUUCGUGCUUGACAAGCGAUUGUGAAAUAAGACGACAAACAACAACAACAAGUGGGGGGACUUUGGAGUGCAAGAGCGCGUACGUGCGCAUUUCUCCUGGACAUUAUUCUAUCCAUCGGCAUCAUCAUCUCUAGUGUUGAAUAAAAUGAAAGUUUGGACUUUUCUUCAGUGUCUGGCCGUCCUGCUCAUCCUGUGUGUGGGAUCAGACUGCGGGACUGUCCGGAGAAAGGCACGCUCCAAGCGCGAACUGGUGAAGAUGAGGGAAGCCAAAGCGGUCUUCCCGGGGGCUUGUGCCACCCGGCUGCCCCGGGGCAAGCGCUCUCUCCCCACGAUGGACCGCCGGCUUCCCCGCCAGCGCCGCCGCUCAUCUCCGGUGGAGGACGCGAGCUCCCAUCGGGGUAAAGCAGUUUAUUUCACGGGCAGAGGGGAUCAGCUGAGACUCAAACCCGGCGUGGAGAUACCGAGGGGGAACUUUACUCUCCAGAUGUGGGUCAAGCCGGAGGGUGGUCAGCGCUCCCCCACCGUUAUAGCUGGUCUCUUCGACAAAUGCUUCUACGCCUCCAGCGAUCGCGGAUGGCUGUUGGGGAUCAAUGCUGUGAGCGAACAGGGAAACCGAGACCCGCGUUUGUUCUUCUCCCUAAAGACGGACCGAGCGCACAAAGUGACCUCCGUUUACUCGAACGCCCGCUACACACCCGGCCAGUGGGCGCAUGUGGCCGUGACUUACAACGGCCUCUAUAUGAAGCUUUAUGUCAAUGGUGCUCAGACAGCGGUCAGCAGAGAACAGUCAGGUGAUGUCUUCAGCCCUCUAACUAAAAAGUGUAAGGUACUGAUGGUGGGUGGAAAUGCUUUAAAUCAUAACUACAGAGGCUCGGUGGAGCGUGUGGGUCUGUGGCAGCAGGCUGCGUCUCAGCGUCAGAUCAUCAGGGACAUGCACAGAUGGGAAGACCCAGAGGACCUGUUUGACCUGGUGAUCCGCGAGACCUUCGAGCACCCGGCGCGCAAGUGGCUCCCGGUGAAGGAUGGCAGUUUCCCGACGCCAGACGCGGGUCCCCGUGCCGGCCUGGGCUCGCUGGACACCACCUUGGAGCCUCCGGCCUGCGGGCAGACAGUGUGCGAUAACACGGCAGUGGCGCGCAACUACAAUCACUUCUGGAGCUUCCGGCGUCCCAAAACGGUGCGGUACCGGGUCGUCAACGUGUUCGACGAUCUUCAGCGCAAACCCACGGUCACAGACCAGCAGAUUCACCUGCAGCAUCAGCAUCUGAACGAGGCCUUCAGCAUGUACAACAUCACCUGGGAGCUGAGCGUGCACAACGUGAGCAACACGUCUCUGUUCAGCCGCCUGGUGCUCGCCAACUGCGACAUCAGCAAGGUGGGCGAUGAAGAUUGUGACCCGGAGUGCAACCACACCCUGACCGGCUUUGAUGCCGGUUAUUGCAAACCCAGGACCCGCUGUCCUGACCAUAAACAGGGCAACGGCGUCUGUGACACGGAAUGCAACAACGAGAACUAUGGGUAUGAUAGUGGCGACUGCUGCAACCCCGGCGUCACCGACGUGACCAAGACCUGCUUCAAUCCAGCUUCUCAUCUGAGGGCUUAUCUGGACGUGAAAGAGCUAAAAGAGAUCCUCAAUGUGGACGGCUCCACACACCUCAACAUCUUCUUCGCCAAUUCCUCAGAUGAAGACCUGGCUGGAGUCGCCACCUGGCCGUGGGACAAGGAGGCGCUGACGCAUCUAGGUGGAAUUGUUCUGAAUCCAUCUUUCUACGGGACCUUCGGUCACACUCACACCAUGAUCCAUGAGAUCGGUCACAGUCUGGGUCUGUAUCACGUGUUCCGGGGAGUCUCCGAGAUUGAGUCCUGUAAUGAUGCCUGUAUGGAGACCGAACCUUCGCUGGAAACCGGAGAUCUGUGCGCCGACACCAACCCUACACCCAAAUACAAGCACUGCAGAGACCCUGAGCCCGGGAACGAGACGUGUGGACAUCAAAACUUUGUUCACACUCCGUUUAACAAUUACAUGAGCUACGCAGAUGACGACUGCACUGAUUCUUUCUCACUGAAUCAGGUGGCUCGUAUGCAUUGUUACCUGGAUCUCAUCUACCAGACCUGGCAACCCCACUUCCGGCCCCCUCCGGUCCCCCUGGCACCUCAAGUGGUGGCACAGAAUCGGGACUCCAUUACUCUGGAGUGGUUUCCGCCCAUCUCUGGUCACUUUUAUGACAGAGAAGUGGGAUCAGUAUGUGAUAAAUGUGCCGAGGGUCGCGUCCUCCUGCAGUACGCCUGCAAUUCGUCGUCCCCUCGCCCCUGCUCGCCAUCCGGCCACUGGAGUCCCAGAGAAGCCGAGGGACCCCCAGAUGUGGAGCAGGCGUGUGAGCCCAGCGUCCGCACGUGGAGUCCACACAACGGGAUAGAUAUGGGCAUGGUGCCGCCUCCCUGCCCCCUGCAAGGCUGCAUGCUACAGCUGGAGUUUACGCACGCCGUGGUCCCCGACUCCCUCACCGUGUGGGUGACCUUCUCUUCCCCGGAGGAGACGGUUCUGCCCGCCAUCCACAACAUCAUCCUGCUGACGGUGGCCGGCAACAACCUGUCACUGGGUCCUAGCGAUUUGUUCUGCGACACUCCGCUGACCAUCAAGCUGGCUGUGCAGGAAAAGGUGUACGGCGUGCAGUUCUUCACCAUGGAGCAGCAUUUGGAAAUCGACGCCACUCUGCUCACUUCCAAACCCGACUGCGAGCUGUGUUGGGCGUGUGAACCGCUGCACUAUCGACUCCUCAGGCAGCCGUCGUUUACUCACGCACCGCAGGGCAUCAGGCUGGUCGACUCAGCAAGAAGAUACGUGGACAGGGCCGUUGAGUACAAUGGGGUGUACACCUACCAGAUCCAAACCAUCUCGAGUGGAAGCGAGAGCGAGCCUUCUCCUCCAUUGACCCACCGCCUGGGAGCUCCGUACUGUGGAGACGGUCUCAUCCAGAGAUCUCACGGAGAGGAUUGUGAUGAUAUGAACUCGAUAAAUGGGGACGGAUGUUCCAGUCACUGUAAGAAGGAACCCUUCUUCAACUGUAUUGACGAGCCCAGCAUGUGUUAUUACUAUGACGGUGACGGUGUGUGUGAAGACUUCGAGAGGGAGACGAGCGUGAAGGACUGCGGUCUGUACACACCCAACGGUUUUCUGGACCAGUGGGCCACAACGGUGGAAGUUUCUCAUGAAGAGAGGCUCUACUGCCCGGCCGAUGUGGCUGCCGGAUACCCUGCUGUUACUAAGACGUGUCAGUCCAAAGUGUUUGAUUUGUCCGAUGGAGUUUCUCAGUACGCCUGGUUUCCAUGUCGCGAGGCUCAGGGCAUCACCUGGUAUCCCCAAUACUGGCUGAAGGCGUAUUUCUCUCACCCGAUGGUCGCGGCAGCCGUCAUCAUUCAUUUGGCCGCAGAUGGAACCAGCUACAUCGACCAAACCCAGUGCAACAUCACCGUCCAACUCAUCGACACCAAAGAGGCCGUUCACAGCCUAGGUGACUGGCGUCUGAGCUGCCGUUCCAAUCCGCUGGUGAUCCCGGUGAAUCACGACCUCAGCGUGGCCUUCUACCACACCAAAGCCAUCCUCCUCAUGUUCCGCUCGGACCUGGUGGCCAUCUCCGGCAUCGGCCUGCGCACGUUCCAGUUCUUCGACCCCAUAACCAUCAGCGGCUGCCAGAGCGAUGAGAUCUACAACCCCAUGGGCCAAAGUUGUGUCCAUUAUUCCUGUGAAGCCAUCGAUUGCCAGGAGCCAUUGAUCCGGAAUGCCGAGGUGAAGUGCAGCGACGGCGAAUAUUUCAACGGAGCGCGCUGCACCGUCACAUGCAACUGCGGCUACGUCCUGCAAAUCCACAGGGACGAUGACAUCAUCAAGAGUCAGACGGACUCGACUGUAACUAUAACCUGUGCUGAUAGGAAAUGGAACAAGCAAGUGUCAUGUGAGCCGGUGGACUGCGGCCUGCCGGAUAAAUACCACGUUCACCCCGCCCACUUUGACUUCCCAGAAGGCACCACGUACGGCAAGAAGAGCACAUUUCAAUGCAAAGAGCCCGCUCAGCUCGUGGGCACUAACAACAGUCUGACAUGUAUGGAGGACGGUCUGUGGUCGUUCCCGGAGGCUUUGUGCGAGCUGCGCUGUCCGGUGCCGCCUCCCGUGCCCAACGCCAUGCUUCAGACCAAACGCUGCAAUGACACGGGGCUUAAAGUGGGAACCCUGUGCAAAUACAAAUGCAGACCUGGAUACCACGUGGCAAACAAGCCGAAGAGGAGAGCCUUUAAGCGUCAGUGUACAGAAGACGGCCGCUGGCUGGAGGGAUCGUGUGAACCCAUCACCUGUCCUCCUCCUCCGUCCGUCUUUCAUGGCAUGUAUCAGUGCACUGACGGCUUCAGGUUCGACAGCACCUGCUGGAUCCACUGCGACAGGGCAAACCGCACGGUGACACAUCCUCCGGCAUGCAAACAGGGGCUCACCUCAAACGUCAUCCGCUGCCGGAAGGACGGAAACUGGACCGGAAGCUUCCGCUUGUGCCCGCAGCUGAAGGGUCAGUGCUCUUUACCUCAGAACCUGCAUCCCAGUAUCCGCAUCAGCUGCAGGAGGGGAUACGGCAUCGGUGAAGAGUGUGAGCUGUCAUGCAGGGACAGUUACAAUGAUGCCGUGAUCCUGCCGAGCAACAUGACGGCCAGCACAAUUCUGGAUCAUCACUGGAUGAACCCUCCCAAAGUCAAGCACAUCGUGUGUACUAUGGGUCUGAAGUGGUAUCCUCACCCAGAAGAUCUUCACUGCAUUAAAGGAUGUGAGCCGUUCAUGGGUGAUAACUACUGCGAUGCCAUCAACAACAGAGCUUACUGCAACUACGAUGGAGGAGACUGCUGUCAUUCCACCGUCAAGACUAAAAAGGUCAUCCCUUUCCCCAUGUCCUGUGAUAUCCGGGAAGACUGCUCUUGUCGGGACCCCGACGCCCUGGAGAACCGGAGAGAGGAUCACCUGCAUUCGCUGGGUUGAGACGUCACGACGACACAUUCUGCUGCUGCUGCUUCACAGGUGUACCUCUUACAUCAUCGCUCUUCAUCAUUUCCAAACUCCAAUCUACCUGCUUCUCACUCAUCCGGACCCCCGGGAAGGACCAAAGUGGGCGAAGAUUCUCUCAUCGACAACCAUCUCUCCCCCCCUUAAGAACAUGAAGCAUGUGAACGCUCCAGAAUCACUCGCCCUGCGUCCACCAGAGAGAGAACGCUUCUGUUGAAUGCAGUUUGUUUUUUCUUUUUCGCAUUAAGACCAAAGGCAGAAAAUGUGACAUGAUGACAUGUCACAUUUGAUGAAAACUCCAUGUGACAUGAUGACAGAGAGCAGAAGAGUUGCCAUAAGAAACACCCGCCCCAAACGCUAGAGUUUUGUGUUUUAGGUGAUUGUUGUCUUUCCAGAGAGACGGUCAUGUUGCGGUCUCCUGCAGAAGGUCGUGGAACACGGUUGAGGGACGAUAUGAAGACGGAUCAUAACAGACAGAAACACACUUCAUGCGAAGUACGCAGACGUGUCCUGUUUAUCAUGCUUAGCAUGUGCUCAAGACGCCUGAAGAGUUCAUGUUCAUGUUUGUGUCGUUACGCCGGUUGUGAACUGUCAGUCGAGAAACUUUCGUUGUGAUCAGACACGACUCCAUUUCAUUUCAAAUCAGACACGUUUGCGUUCACACUCGCGUGCGGUGUGUUUCAAACCUGGCAAACGGGCGAAGAGCGUUCUGAAGCGAGGGCAAUGGUGGACAUUAGCGCGGCUGCUGUUGUUGCUGCUACGAUCGCUGCUAUUUAGUCAAACAACAGACAGCACGAAUCUACAGUCGCAAUGGAGCUCCACGCCCGUCUGCCUAAACACUUACCUCCGAUCCAAACUCACGGUACACCUCUGAUCCGUCAGAAAUCAUCACGCUAAUGAUUGUAUGUCCUGUCAACACAAACUCUGAAUGUAGAAGAAGUUUAAAUGAAGUGUUCUGUCGUCAUUCGCUCACCCUCGAGUUACUUGAUGCAACUCUUUGCCUAACAUAAACGGUUUAUAGCGACCACGACUGUCACGGGUUUCCCAGUGUCUCAUUUAAGGCUCAACUCAGUCUCAAACUGACAAAUGUGAGUGUAGAUACACAUGAAGAGUCUGGAGGUGUAAAUGAGUGAAGAUUGUGGAGAUUAGACAAAUCUGAGCUCGGUUUGACAUGUUGUUGACAUCUCUUCUCAAACUCUAAUGAUACAUUUGUGACAUUUCUCUUUUACUCAGGAGAAACAUCUGAGACACAGAUGAGAUUUGAGCGAACGCCUUCAAUUCCACUUCUAAUCUCAUUAUUGACAGUCGUGCUCGCUAUGAAUGCCACUGUUGUAUGACAAAAGUGACAUAAGAGUGAGUCAAAAAUGGCAGAACGUCUUUUAAAAUGUCUUUCUUUCUAUCAGUGUGACUGAAUGAAAGUAUGAGAGGUUUGUGAAGUGAGCGUGUUCAAUGGGGACGGCGUAUUGUAAAAGCGUCAAUCUAACAUCAGAGAAAGUUUCAUGAUCUCAGUGAAUUUAUUGCCAGUCAGAAACACGUUUCUUUCCUUGUAUCAUCGUCCAUGUGCCAACUUGUCGACCACCUUUAGUGUUUCUGGCCCUUUCCAAACUUAACUUAAAAUGCUUUGGGUGUCCCAGAGCUGCCAAAAAAACGUUUCUCUCAUCGACUCGCUUUGAAAACAAACACACCGCUUCAGAAUAACCACAAGGACUUGAUAUAAAUAUAUAUAUAUAUAUGUGUGUGUGUAUGUAGACAAAAUCAUAAUCAAAAAACUGUACUCAUUAUACUUAAUGGACAUCAAAAACAACCAAGAAAUAUUUUCACUCCGAUAUUUGGCUACUAACUGUGAACAUUCGUCUUCAUCGAACUUCUUCCCCGAGGCCUUUAAUCUCACAAACUGCACAUCUCCGAGGCUUGCAGAAAACACACAAUGCCAUCGGCCCACGUGAAUGAGAUGUUGGGGAGCGAUGCCAAAACCUAUGCCAUGUUGUUCAGAACAACUCAACGUGUCUCACGGCGUGGGUCCUGACGGCCUAACGCUGGAGAAAAUGUUUAGCAAAUCAAGCCAGAAAACAGCUUUCGCGGUGGUUUUAAUGGCAUGUAGGCAUUAAAGAUUGUUUGCCGAAGAUUUGAAAAGGCUUCACUUUGUGCAAUCAUAGAUGGAUGAUAGUUCAAUAUAAAGACGUUAUCAAGAAAAAAGAUCACACGUCCAUAUCAUGUCGUAUAAAGGUAGUACAUCUCUAUUGUGCUUGUUGUGUCAAAGGUGCAUUUCUGUCAUUUAUAUUUCUAGAAAAUAAUGGUAGACAAAAAAAACCCACACACGCCACAUCUGAUGUACCAGUAAGCAGUGUUUGUGUUCUUGACCUCAGUUGUGCACUUUUGAGUGGCCCGUUAAAGAUCGCUGCUAUCGUACGACAGGAAUAUUUAGAGGGAAAUAUUAAUAAUGUAUUUGGUUUCAUUUUUUACUGUUUGAUGACAUAUUCCUCUGUGAUUAUUGUGAUCCCACUCGCUGGUUUUAUCGCGCCAAACAGAGUAGAUGUCAAAUAUCUUUAUUGGAUUCAAACUGUAUGCCUCGUAUGUUCAACACUUUGGGAUCAUAGAAACUGGCUUUAAUAUUUAUGUUAUCCGGUGUGAAACGGAUCGGUUUUAUGUAUGUUGUGUUUAUUUUCUAAUGCAGUUGUUUUUUGACUUAUGCGUGUAUUUUCGAGUUUGGUUGAAGUUUUAUUGUUGUUAUUAAUAUUAUGAUGAAGGAAUCCAAAAAAGAAAGGGAAGAACAAAUGUUUUAUGAGCGUGCACGAGAGAACAAGACAUUUUGUUUGUUAUAUAUUCCUGGGAGAACAAAUGUAUUUUGUUGCUAUCACAUCAAUCUAUGUAAAGGUUUAUUGCCUAAAGGACCGAAGGAGAGAGAGAGAUCAGCAUCCGUGUGUUGCCAAAUGAGCAUCGACCUCACGUUAACUUGCCAACGAAUUGAAACUGCUUGUGAUUGACAGGCCUGUCAGCCAAUUCUUCCUUCCCUUUCCUCUAUGUCCCGCCCACAAAUGGCUUGAGAAAUGUACUGCCUGAGUCUUAUUUUCAUGUUUGUGUUCAUCUUUCCUCGACCUCUUAUUUCAUCCACAAUCCACUUCAAUGACACUAAAAGCGUCAGUCAACCAAAGCGUUCAGGUGUAAAUCUGUUGGACGUUUGAAGCUCUACUGUAUUCUUCUUGCUGUACCUCAUACGCCUGUAAUAUUUGCUGCUUCCAUAUUUGGGUGUUUUAUUGUUCCGCGUCUAUUAGCAACAUAUAACGGUGUACAUAGUAGAACUAUUUAUUGAGAGUGUUAUACUUUUUUAAGUUAUAUUUUUAUUGUUCAUGUAAGUUAUUUGUGCAAUGGUGUUAUACAUGUUGAAAAGAAGUGAUUCUUUGGUUAUGGGGGCUCUUACGUUCUUUAUCUGUUAUUGCUGAAGCAUUCAAGGGCACAAACACGUCAUCAGUCAAAAUUCAACAAUUUAAAUCGUUACAAUUGUUACAAUAGAAAUAGUAAAACACUUCAAUUGGCGUCUUGCUGCACAUGAAGGAACGAAAUCUGUCCCAGCUAGCACACGUACGUCUGUAAUACGCCUGCUAAAGAUCUGGAAACAACUGAUGUGUAAGAACAUCUUAGAAGUAGCAGUUUUACAUCCGUUCUCGAUCAUAAACAUUUUACAGACAUCUCCAAGAUUUCUAUAUGAUGUCUGACAGCACACGUCCUGAGACGUAUUCAAAUAGACGUCUGCCAGAUCCAGUGUGCCAUCAGGGGUCCCGUUUUGGGAACUUUGGACAGGUGUCAGAAUAUGAAGCAAAUAUUUGAGAGUUUCUGGUCGUUUCUGUUAUGGCGUUUUAUAUCAGAAUGAAUUCUGAAGCAGUUCAUCAGAAGUAUGAUGAUGUAUAAAUAAUAACGUGAUCAUAUCAUAUCUUGUACAUUUACAGAGUUUCAUCUUUGACAGUGAUUUAAUUAACGCUCGGCGGUCAUCAGCAUUACUACAGUAUCAUGACAUCAGCAUUUCUUCAAGUGUCCUUUACUUAUAGAAACACAUAUUAGCCGCGUUUGUGCCUGUUAAACACUUGUGUUGCUCGAUUUCACAACACGACCAAAGUCCAGUAGCCUAUAUACUGUAUAUGUUGUGUCCCGCGCUCAGUUCAGACAGCAUUUACUUUGUACUGUAUUAAACAACCUCACUUCAAUCCAGUAUUCAUCCGUUGGCUUUCUCGCACUGAAUCAACGCCGUCUUCAUUCUGGUCAGGCCUUCACCAUGAUGAACUUUGGGGCACAUAUACUACACUUGUGUUUUAUAACAGUUUGUUCUUUUGUUGUUGUCGGUCAUAUUUAUACGUGCUCUGGAAUAUUGCAAGCGUACCUGAUGUAUCAUGAUUUGAAAGAUGCUGAAUGAGUAACUUUAUUUCUCUACCAUGUA